GAAUGAAAUAGACAAACCGAACUUAUUUGCUCGUUUAAUAAACGAGUCGUGUCGAGUCCAAUGAGUUGAAUCGGAAGCUACUCGGCUAAGACACGCCCCUGAUGAAUUUGUUUUGUGACCUUUUGAAGAACAAAAUAGAGAAGAAAAAGAAAGGGGGAAAUCAGUUGCAGUUGCAGAUCGAAGCUCCAUAAGACUUGAAGAAAUUCCAAACAGCAGAGUUUAGUUAUGGCCAGAUACGACAGAGCAAUCACCGUUUUCUCGCCGGACGGCCACCUUUUCCAGGUCGAGUACGCUCUCGAGGCUGUGCGCAAGGGAAACGCCGCCGUCGGCGUUCGAGGCACCGAUACCAUCGUGCUCGCCGUCGAGAAAAAGUCCACCCCUAAGCUGCAAGAUUCUAGAUCAGUGAGGAAGAUCGUCAAUAUAGACGAUCACAUAGCCUUGGCAUGUGCUGGCCUGAAAGCAGACGCACGUGUUUUAAUAAACAGGGCACGAAUUGAAUGCCAGAGCCAUAAGCUCACAAUUGAAGACCCUGUUACUGUGGAAUACAUAACUCGAUACAUUGCUGGUCUUCAGCAGAAGUACACGCAGAGUGGUGGUGUGAGACCUUUUGGCCUCUCGUCAUUGAUCAUUGGUUUUGAUCCCCACACGGGCACUCCAUCACUUUACCAGACGGACCCAUCAGGCACAUUCUCCGCGUGGAAAGCCAAUGCUACUGGAAGAAACUCAAACUCGAUACGAGAGUUUCUGGAAAAGAAUUACAAGGAGACAUCUGGGCAAGAAACUGUCAAGUUAGCUAUUCGCGCUUUGCUUGAGGUUGUGGAGAGUGGAGGAAAGAAUAUUGAAGUUGCCGUGAUGACUAAAGAGCACGGUUUGCGGCAGCUUGAAGAAACUGAGAUCGACGCCAUUGUUGCAGACAUUGAAGCUGAGAAAGCUGCUGCUGAGGCUGCAAAAAAGGCCCCUUCGACAAGGGAAGCUUAAUACAUCUGAUUUCUUUUCAAUGCUUUUGAAUUUUUUCUGAUUGCAGUUUUUUGUGAUGUUUAUGGAGAGAUUAUUUUCUGCUUAAAGAUCUUUUGAUCAUUAUAUAUGAUUCAUGACGAGAAGAAGAAGGAUGAUUUAAAGGUUUGCCAAAGCAAUUAUUCAUUCUUGGAGUGUUAGAACUUCCAUAUUCUCUUCAAACACAUUCAUGAUAACGUGCAUUCAUGACUCCGUAUGAUUUGGUUAGAUAUUGUUUUAGUUAUAAAAUUUAGUGAAAGAAUUCGUGAUUUUUAUAAUAUGAAAUGAUCUGUUACCAGGAGUAUUGUUAAUUUUGAUAUGACGAGAAAAAUAGUA